CACUACCUCCCAGCCAAAUUCUGGUCACCAGAAUUCCGUUAUUAGCAAUUUAAAUCACAUUUCAGUAUUUUAAUUUGUUUCGUUUCGUUUUGCAUAGAAGUCGUUAAAGUUAGGUUUUAACAUGCAGUUUAUUCCUUUUUUAACUUUCAGAACUUAAUUUCUGCUUUGUCUAAUUUACUUUUCUUGCGCUGCGGAGCAAACGUGUAAUACGGGGUGUAUUAGACUUUAUUACGGAGUAAUUUCUACAUUAUCAUAUUAGCUUGAUGCCAAAAAAAAAAAAAAAGAAGAAGAAUAUUAUCGGAAUAUAUUAUAUAAAUAAUUCCUAUUUUGUGGAGUCUUGUUAUGCUAUUGUCACUUGGCCUAGUAAAAGUAAUUUGGAAAAUGAUUGUCAAACAUCGAGAGUUUGAGAGCUGCAAGUAAAUACCAGAAUAAUCGUGUUUUAUACUAAACUUAGAAGUGUCAUUUUGGAGUACAAAUGAAGGCAAUGUUCAGAUAUAUGAACUCAUAGAAGCCAAUUCCAUAAAAUAUUUGACAAGGCCUCUACUUUUUUGUUUACCUAUCCGACAAGAUAUCUCAUUCAAUCUUUACUUUACUUGUUAAGUUUAUCAAUAAUUUCACGUGUUUAGAUCAUAAUUCCCCAUGUAUUAGGAAUCAAACUUGACAAAAUUUCGAAAACAAACUUCAUCUGCGAUAAGUUAUAAUCCUUGAAUCAAAGUAUAAUUUGUCAUUAAGCAAAGUAUAUGUUCUUUUUCUCUCAUGUUUUUUAGCUUAUGCUAUUGUAUUGUUUUGGACUUAAAAUCUUUAUUUUAACUUUCAGAAUCAAAGUUGUUGUAGCAAAUUCCGCAAAAAAUGGAAAUGGAAAUGGGACUCAAAUUAACAAGAGUUGCAGAUGAACUCUCCUCUACUGAAUUCCAAUUUGCAAGAGACAGAGCUGGCCCUCUUUUCCAAUCUACAGAAACAGACACUAUGUUCAUCCUUACUGUCCAUUUAAAAGGUUAUACACAAGAAAAUAUAAAGAUUGAUAUUAAUGAGGAAGGGACCAUAAUCGCGAUAAGGGGUGAAAAGCCGGUUGAAGAAACUGUGAUGGUGGGGUGGAAAUUGGUCAAGAAAGAUGUGGAAAUUAGAAAAUUUAGUAAGGCUUUCAAAAUUCCGGAUGGGGUAAUCUUGGACAAAAUCAAGGCUAGAUUUGAUGAGGAACAAUCCAUAUUGACAGUUAAAAUGCCAAAGAAAGUGAAGGGAAUUCUUGGAGUUGAGUUUGUAGAAGUUAGGGAGCCUGAAGAUUUGCCAAUUGUAGCUGAAAAGAUUUCUAAAAAGGUCACAUUUAAAGAAGAUAUGGAUAAGGAGUCUACUAAAAAAGCAGAGGAAAAUCAAGAAAAGGGGAAAGAAAUUGUGCAAAAAGUAUUAAAAGAUCCUCAAGUGAGUCAAGAAAGUGACUUGAAAUCACCUAUUUUACCAUCUAAUAUUCGAAAACCACGUGAAGUAGUUGAAAAACACGUUGUUAAGGAUGAAUUAGUUCCUCAAAAGGAUAAGGAGUUAAUGCCAAGUGUCGACUCAAACAUCCAGAACAACAACGAUAUGAUUCAAGAAAAAAGAGAGCCUCGGAUAAAUCUCGUAGGUGAAUCUUCGAGUUCGCGAGAUGAGCAUAAAGAUGAUCAAGCUAGUGAAAGAGCAAAUGGAAUUUCUGAAGAAAAGAGUGGUGAAAUAUCAAGGAAAAAUGAAGAUGAUGAUGUGCCUAAGAGAAGCUCAAAAAUUUGUGUCCCUAUUGUUGCAGGCUCAGCCUUAAUGUUAUCUCUUGUUGUCUUUGUCAUUCAUUUCAUCAGAACUAAGAAUCAAUCUGGGAAAAGAGAAGGUUAAAAAGCUAACAACAUAAGCAUGAAUGUUGUUAUUAUUAUUAUUAUUAUUAUUAUUAUUAUUAUUAUUUUUUACUUCAUUUGAUUGUAGAAAGAGAGUUUGGUGAUCAAGGUUCAAUUUGCAGUGGUGGUGUGAGUUUGUAAUUGAGCCUAAAGAAGCCUGUCAUUAUUAUGAGCACUACUUUUUCUUCA